UCCAUUUUCGAUGCGAGUCCGCGCGCACGUAUUUUCAAAUUCCGAACCGAAGCAUUUAAGGAAGAGAAUAAAAACUUUUUUCGUGUGUCAGCCAGUGUUAUUGUGAUCGGUUGCCUAAUAGUGCUCAGAAGAAGGCAUUUCGUGGGGAAAUUCAGUGUAAAACAGGCAUACGGUUGUUGUAAAUUGUUUAUUGUGCUGGCUCGUGUAUUUUUAGCUUUUACUUGGUGCUGUGUGAUGCGAGGCUGGUCUUAAUUUAGCGACGCACAUGAUUAUAAUAACUGCGGCGGCGCCAAAUACAGCAACUUUUCGUCUACAAUGAGAAAAAGACGAAAAACCGAAAGCCAUAUUUGUUUUCAAAACAAAUUCACAAAUAAAAUAACGUUCAAAUUAAAUAAAAGUGUUGACUGUGAAACCAGAUAGAGACUGGCAGUAUAUGAAAUUCGGAUAAAAACUAAAACUUUCAAACCUUCCCACCGUAUAACCCGAAAAACAACUUACUCCGCUUAGUAAACAAACUCGGUUUUGUGCUUUUGGAAACCAAACAUCAAAUAAUCGGUUUGUGUAAACGCUUCGGGGCCUGCCGCCUCCUGUGUACCUUUAAAGCCUUUAAAGUGCAUUUCAAAAACAAAUCAGUGAACGCAUUAAAAUACCUACUAACAAAACAAACUUAAAUAAACCAAAUUAAUUUCAAAUCUCACGCAACGCGCGCUAAACAAAAUAUUUUUUUAAUCUUACGCAACGCGGUUUUAGGCCUAAAGUGACGUUUGCGGUAUCGCGGCGUUGGCGCGAAAAUAGUUGUCUGUGAAUCUGUCAAAGUGGCCGGGGACGAGAACUUGGAAAUGCUGGGGGGGCCCGAGUGGGGCCAGCGGGAGGCCAGCCCCCCCAAAGAUGCCCCCCUGCCGAGCUUCGGCUUCACACAGGAGCAAGUGGCGUGCGUAUGCGAGGUACUCCAACAAGCUGGUAACAUCGAGCGCCUAGGCCGCUUCCUCUGGUCCCUACCCGCCUGCGAGCGUCUCCACGCACACGAGUCGGUGCUGAAGGCCAAAGCCACCGUCGCCUUCCACAGAGGCAACUUUAAAGAGCUCUAUCAGCUGUUAGAGUCUCAUACCUUCAGUCCACAUAACCAUGCUAAGCUCCAGACAUUGUGGCUUAAAGCCCACUAUAUGGAAGCGGAGCGUCUGCGCGGGCGGCCACUGGGCGCGGUGGGCAAGUACCGCGUGCGACGCAAGUUCCCGCUGCCCCGGACCAUCUGGGACGGCGAGGAGACCAGCUACUGCUUCAAGGAGAAGUCCCGCUCGGUGCUUCGCGACUGGUACAUGCACAACCCGUACCCCUCGCCGCGCGAGAAGCGGGAGCUGGCCGAGACCACUGGACUUACCACUGUGCAGGUUUCAAAUUGGUUCAAAAAUAGAAGACAAAGGGACAGGCAAGCUGAACAUAAAGACAGCAACGGCACCGGCGACAAGCAACUCGACUCAUCCACAGACGACGACAGCGACGCGCCGCCGCCGCAGGCCGCGCCGCCCGCGCCGCUCUACCCGCUGUAUGACAACCCGCUGGCUCAUCUACACUACCAUCACUCGUGACAGUACAGUGGCAGCUUUGAGAACUUUAAAUAAUGAAGGACUUACCUAUGUCGGCAGAAAGGAACAAUACACUAAUGUUGGCGUUAAAUCUAUGUCUGUCUCUUUCUGUUAGCAUACGGCCAAAGCAAGGCAGCAAUAGUAUUGUAGGCGAUGUCGUGUAAUGCCGACAUUAGCUUAAAGUUCCUUUGUGCAACUCCGUGUUAAGAUCUGAAAGCUUGUACAUACCUCUAUAAUAGCUGGAAUGUGAUGGUAGAUCACUCGUGAUAGUACAGUGGCAGCUUUGAGAACUUUAAAUAAUGAAAGGACUUUUUAAAAUCUGGAAGCUCGCUAUGUAGCUGUUGAAAAUCCCAAGUGGGAAAUUUUAAUGGGAACUAGGAUGAAAAUGCACAAAGGUGCCACGCGUGAGCGAUGCCAUGCUGGUCAGAAAUAUCCUGGAUUACCUACGUCUUGAA